AUGCCCCCGAUCCCACCGUCGCGCCUGGUCGCGCUUCAAGCCAACCCACAGAACAUCCGCAACAUCUGCAUUCUCGCGCACGUUGAUCAUGGCAAAACAUCUCUUACGGACUCACUGAUCGCUACCAAUGGGAUCAUCUCGCCGAAGAUGGCGGGGAAGGUCCGCUACCUGGACUCGAGACCUGACGAGCAAAUACGUGGAAUUACCAUGGAGAGCAGUGCCAUCAGCCUGUACUUCAGUAUGAUACGCAGACAAAAGGAAGACCAAAAGCCAAAACAGGAGGAAUACCUGAUAAAUCUGAUAGACAGUCCUGGACACAUCGACUUUUCGUCAGAGGUCAGCACGGCCUCAAGGUUGUGUGAUGCCGCAGUUGUUCUGGUUGAUGCUGUCGAAGGUGUGUGUUCACAGACCGUCACAGUGCUUCGACAGGUAUGGAUAGAGAAACUGAAACCUUUACUCGUCAUCAACAAGAUUGACAGACUCGUAACUGAACUGAAAAUGACUCCAUCCGAAGCAUACUCACACCUUGAGAGAGUCUUAGAGGGGGUAAAUGCCGUCAUAGGAGGCUUCUUUCAAGGCGAGCGCAUGGAAGAACAUCUCAUGUGGAGAGAAAAACUUGACCAGGAAAGGGCGGCUAAAGAGCAACAGAAACAGGAUGCCAUGAGCGAGACCGUCUCGGAGGCUGACUUGGAUCAACAGUUCGAAGAGCGAGAUGACGAGGAUCUAUAUUUUGCUCCCGAGAAGAACAAUGUCAUCUUCGCCAGCGCAAUAGAUGGAUGGGCUUUCACUGUCCGCCAAUUUGCGAGCAUUUAUGAGAAGAAGCUAGGUAUCAAAAGAUCCCUUCUUGAAAAAGUCCUCUGGGGUGAUUUCUAUUUGGAUCCAAAGACCAAAAAGGUGCUCGGUCAGAAACAUCUGAAAGGAAGGAAUCUGAAACCGAUCUUUGUGCAACUUGUUUUGGAGCCUAUAUGGCAAGCCUACGAUGCCACGGUUGGCAUAAACGGAGGCCGGGGUGAUCCGGCUUUAUUGGAGAAGAUAACGAGGUCGUUGUCUAUCAAUUUGCCCGCCCAUAUCACAAGGUCGAGGGAUUCCAAAGCCAUCUUACAAGCUGUCUUCUCCUCAUGGCUACCACUGUCAACAGCCCUUCUUGUCUCUGUCAUUGAAUACUUACCAAGCCCUCCCAGCGCCCAGGCAAGUCGGUUACCCGAAAUGAUCGAGGAUCUGGUCAGUUCAAAGAGCAUCGACCAGUCUCUGAAAGAUUCCAUGAUCAAUUUCGACACCUCUGACUCUGCACCUGUUGUCGCGUACGUGAGUAAGAUGGUAGCGAUUCCCGAGAGUGAACUCCCCUCCAAGAGACGGAAACUCGGCGCCACCUUGACAGCAGAUGAAGCCAGGGAGCUCGCCCGACAGAAGCGUGCGGAAAUCGCCAAAGCACAGGCUGAAGCGGAAGGCGCGACCAAUGUGGACAGCAUAACCAAUGGGCUAAACGCGACAAGGAUCGGAGACGGUAAUGGGGAGAGGACCGCGCCUGAGCAACCAGAAGACCCGGAACAUUUAAUUGGCUUUGCCAGACUUUAUUCUGGGUCACUCUCUGUCGGAGACGAAGUCUACGUUUUGCCACCCAAGUUCAAUCCAGCUUUCCCUCAUGCUUCUCCAGAACCGAAAAAGGUGCCCAUCACGGCUCUUUAUCUCCUCAUGGGCCGAUCGUUAGAGUCACUGGACAAGGUACCAGCAGGGGUGGUCUUUGGCAUCGAAGGGCUGGAAGGCCACAUUCUCAAGACCGGCACAUUAUGCUCGCAGAUAGAAGGAGCUAUCAAUCUGGCCGGUGCUUCAACGCUCAGUCAGCCCAUCGUCAGGGUCGCUCUGGAACCCACGAACCCAAUGGAUCUGAACAAGAUGAUCAAGGGACUGAAACUGCUCGAACAAAGCGACCCGUGUGCCGUCUACGAGCAGAUGGAGAGUGGAGAACAUGUCAUCUUGACCGCGGGGGAGCUGCAUCUCGAAAGGUGCCUCAAGGAUUUACGAGAGCGAUUUGCAAAAUGUGACAUUCAGCCUGGUGAACCGAUCGUACCAUAUCGAGAAACAAUCGUGAAAGCGGAAGAAAUGGAACCUCCGAAGAACAAAGAUCUCCCGAGGGGAACAGCAAUCGCGGUCACUGCGUCAAAGACUGUAUCUGUCAGAUUGAGAGUUCGACCUCUGCCACAAAAUGUAACAGAGUUUCUUAUCAACCAUGGAGCGUCUAUCAGGAGGCUCUACGCAGAAAAGCAGGCUCAGGAGGAAGAGACAACGAAAGACGUCGACAGAGCGGACGAAGCCGGCCUUGUCAACGACACUGGUAGCAAUGAAAGAAGCAACCUCUCCCUCCAAGAAUUUCGAAAACAACUGAAAGCAGAAUUCGACGAUGUCAAAGAGGACAAAGAAGUCUGGGCAAAAGUUGUACCAAGGAUAUGCAGUUUUGGUCCUCGAAGAGUUGGUCCGAAUCUUUUCAUCGACGCCACGGGAGAACAAACUUGUAAGCGAUUUUUGUUUGAGCAGCAUGAAAUCACGGAAGGCGGAGAAGAUACAAAUGGGACGAAGAGCAGCACCGACGGCGUUGAAAACUCGACACCAAAGCAAGAUUUCUCGGACACAAUAGCAUACGCGUUCCAGCUCGCAACGUCCCAAGGCCCGCUCUGUCGUGAAUCGAUGCAAGGUGUCGCCGUCUUCCUUGAAGAGAUCAGCCAGCAGCAACAGCAACAACAGCCCACCGCCAGCGCCGAGCCUUCGUCCAAUGGCGACACUGCAUCAUCCGCGGCAGUUGAAUCAGGCCGCCUCACCGGCGAACUCAUAACGUCCGCGCGUGAAGCGAUCCGCUCCGCCUUCCUGGACUGGUCCCCGCGCAUCCUGCUGGCAAUGUACAGCUGCACCAUCCAAGCCACCCCCGAAGUGCUAGGCCGCGUCUACUCCGUCCUCACGCGCCGCCGUGGAUCAAUCCUCUCCGAGGCCCUCCUCGAAGGCACCCCGUACUUCACUAUCAGCGCGAAAUUACCCGUUGCCGAAUCUUUCGGGUUCAGCGAGGAAAUACGCAAGAGAACAUCUGGCCUCGCACAGCCGAUGUUACAAUUUGUCGGGUUUGAAUUGGUCGACGACGUCGAUCCGUUCUGGGUACCGAGAAGCGAAGAAGAGCUGGAAGACUUGGGUGUCCACGGGGAGAGGGAGAAUGUGGCAAAACGGUAUGUGGACGGGGUGCGGAGGAGAAAGGGACUGCUCGUCAGGGGAACGAGGGGUGUAGGAAGAGACGCAGAGAAGCAAAAGACUCUGAAGACGAAUUAG